AUGGUGAACAGUCCUCCAUUGCCCUCUUUUAUGAAAAAAUCAGAACAUGAAAAUGAAAAUCCAUUUCGGCCAGAUGAGCAGCUUUAUCACGAGGUUGAUCCUAUUGUUGAGUUGUAUCGACAAAAACCAUUUCCGCCUUCACCCUCACACGGGUCUCCUGUACCUUCACACCAACUAAAUUCACAACCUUCCUCCUCAUCUCAUCAGCGUUCAUCAAUUCGCACAGAUAAAGUCGCCAAUGGAGAUAGUGGUGGAGGUGGAGGAGGUGCUUUUACGGAGGCAAGACAAGAAGCUUCUACGCAUGCAACAAGCAGCAAUCAACCAUUAAUAAUGGACACUUCUGUCUCCGUGGAUGGGCUAGGGCCUCCGGGCCAUGCCGAAAUGGUACGGUUACCCGAGAAAAAGAAACGUUCCUGUUGCUCCCUUCAAUGA